AUGGUAUCCAACUGCAAAUUUCAAGCAAAAAUAUUCUCGAGCAAGCUGGUCGUCUUUCUGCUGAGUGAGCCACUCACGUCAAACCGGUCUAUUGAACCAGCCGCAACGGUUGUGCCCUAUGAUUCAGUAGCCGAGGCACCCAGGUUCGACUAUGAAUUAGUGCAACUGACCGAGGACGUUGUUGAGCGCAUCGGCAAGGAAGAAGCUACAGCAGAAUAUGCAGACUUGUUCGCCUUUGACGAUGGGCCUAUUCUGCAGCCGGGUGAAUGCAAGACCUUUCCAGGCGACGAAGGUUGGCCUGCAGAUGCCAAGUGGGAUAUAUUCAACGGCCUGCUGGGAAAUGCACUCAUUCCAACCACACCAGUGGCAGCGCCAUGCUGCCCCAAUUGGGGAAUUGAUGAUAAGGAGAAGUGCAAUGCGAUCAUUACCAAUUUCGCCGAUCCCGACUUGCACGAGCCAACUUCGAACAUGUGGCCCAUCUGGCAGGGUUGGACAUGUCUACCAAUAGACAGUCCCAACGGUAGCUGUACAUUGGGAGGCUACCCGUCUUACGCAGUCAAUAUUAGCAAUGUUGCUCAACUCCAGCUGGCCGUCAACUUUGCACGCAACUCCAACCUACGGCUCGUGAUCAAGAAUACCGGUCAUUGUUAUCUGGGCAAGUCGACUGGGGCUGGAUCACUCAGUGUGUGGAUGCACAAUCUAAAGAACAUCACAUUCCUACCCGACUAUCAGAGUUUCGAAUACUCGGGAAAGGCACUUAAAGCGGCUCACCAACACGGUGUAUCGGCACUUGGGGGUAUUUGUGAAAGCGUGGGAUUUGCUGGUGGCUACAUAGCCGGGGGUGGCCACACACCCCUGUCCGGCCUCUGGGGCAUGGCCGCCGACCAUGUCAUGGCUCUCGAAGUCGUCACAGCCGAUGGCCGGUUUGUGACGGCAACCAACACGUCAAACCCCGACUUGUACUGGGCUCUUCGCGGGGGCGGCGGGAGCACAUUUGGCAUCGUCACGUCCGUCAUCAUCCGCGUGCACCCCCAAAUCCCCAUCACGACGUCCGUCUUCAACUUCACCACCUCAGCUACCUUCAUCCCCUUCACCGAUGCCGGUACUUACUCUUGGUUCUGGGUUUACAGAGAUGCCGGCGAGUAUCAGUUCAUAAUGGAGCCCUUCGCUCCGAACCAUACCGUCGAGUCGUUUAAGCAGACGCUGGGCAUUCCCUUUACGCCCAAAACAACGCACUAUAACGCCUUCUACCCGGCUUACGAUGACAAUUGGAGAAGCGAGCACAUCGGCUACUGGGACAACAUGCAAGGAAACCGACUCUUCCCACGUGGAAAUUGGAUGGACCCGGCCAAGUUCAACGCGAUCUUCGACGCAAUACGUAGCUACCACCAAGCCCCGCGAAACCGGGCCAAUGUUGAUAAUGCUGUGAGCUCGGCCUUUCGGAACGUCAUUUCUUUCCUCAUUACUGGCCACCCUGUCCCUGGUAAUGCCACCCCUUCUCAGAUGAGAGAGGCACAGCAGGAUCUUGUAAACAACGUUUUGGGGCCCUGGCGUGAAGUGGCCCCGGCGAGCGAGUUUGGGGGUAGUUAUCUGAACGAGGCGUAUGUCAUGGAGCCCAAUUGGCAGGAGGACUUUUAUGGCACGCAGUAUCCCGAGUUAUUAAGGAUUAAACACAAGUGGGAUCCUAAGGGGACGUUUUAUGCCACUACUGCGGUUGGGAGUGAGGAUUGCGAGGUUCCCACAAGCGAGCAGGGUGUGCAAACACAGAACGGCAGGUUGUGUCGGAGAAGGUCGUAAACUCGAGUGAAGUGCAGUAACAUACGUCUUGGACAUGUCAUAUUGACGAAGCGAACUCAAUUAAAUAUGC